AGUUGUUUGUGAAGCAGCGGAGCCGAAGGAGGAGGAAGAGGGAGGAAGAGGAGGAGGGGAAGGAGGAAGAAGAGGAGGUGGAGGCCGCUGAGCAAGGAAACGGCUGCGUUGCUGAGGCUUUUGGGGGGGCAGGGAUUUUUUUUUGCCAUCGGGGGAGCGGGAGAAUCAUGUCCACUCCAGCCAGGCGGAGACUCAUGAGGGAUUUCAAGAGAUUACAAGAAGAUCCGCCUGUGGGGGUCAGUGGUGCACCAUCUGAGAACAAUAUAAUGCAAUGGAAUGCAGUUAUUUUUGGGCCAGAAGGUACUCCCUUUGAAGAUGGUACCUUUAAACUAGUAAUAGAAUUUUCAGAAGAAUAUCCAAAUAAGCCCCCAACUGUUAGGUUUUUAUCAAAAAUGUUUCAUCCCAAUGUAUAUGCAGAUGGUAGCAUAUGUUUAGAUAUCCUUCAGAAUCGCUGGAGUCCAACAUACGACGUUUCAUCUAUUUUAACCUCAAUUCAGUCGCUGCUUGAUGAACCCAAUCCAAAUAGUCCUGCCAACAGUCAGGCUGCACAGCUUUAUCAGGAAAACAAACGUGAAUAUGAAAAAAGAGUUUCUACUAUUGUUGAACAAAGUUGGAAUGAUUCAUAAGAAAUUACAACUUCACUAACAGACAUCCUCAUAAUCAUCAUGUACAAUUUAACUUACCAUAGGAAAUGCUACCAGAGCUUCUCAAGUGCCACGUUUGACUUGCAUACAGAUGUGUUUGCAAAAAUAAGCCCUUCGGUUUUGAAACUCUAAAAGCUUGUGUACCUUGAUUAAUGUACUUUUUAUUGCAUGUUAUGACCUAAGUUAUUGCUACAUAAAUUUGUAAUAUAUCCUGUUUGUAUUUUUUUCAAAGUGUAUAAUGUUGGUGUGAAGUUUUCAUGACAGAAUAUACAUAUUUUGUAAAUCUGUACUUUUUUCAAAAUACUGAAUGCCUUAUUUUUGAAUUCUUUAGAUUUUUAAAUUGCACAAAAAUCACUUAACAGAGUUUUAUAUAUAAAAUAUUUCAUGUAAAGCUGAAAUACAUAACCUCAGUACAAGACA